AAAGGCAAAGCCAAUUGCAGCUAAUUCUACAGACCCAAUGUGGAAAUAGUUCAAGAUAUUGGAGUGAGUUCUAUAUAUAGCUUGUACAUAAUUUAGUUGAUUUAGAUUUAAAUAUAAUAUCCUAACUCAAGGUUUUAUACAUGUGAUGUAGAAUUGCUUAGGUGCUUUAGAUGGAACCCACAUCAAGAUUAGGGUUCCAACAGUUGAUAAACCUAGAUAUCGAAUGCGAAAAGGUGACAUAGCAACAAAUAUGUUAGAUGUUUGUACACCUGAUAUGUAUUUUAUUUAUGUUCUUCCUGGUUGGGAAGGUUCUGUUGCUGAUGGACGGGUUCUUCGAGAUGCCAUUAGUAAGAGACAUGGACUAAAAGUUCCUCAUGGUUGUUAUUAUCUAGUUGAUGCUGGAUACACAAAUUGUGAGGGAUUUCUUGCACCUUUUAGAGGACAAAGAUAUCAUUUGAAUGAGUGGCGUCAGGGUUACCAGCCAAGUACUCCUGAAGAAUUUUUCAAUAUGAAACAUGCUUCAGCGCGUAAUGUUAUUGAGAGAUGCUUUGGGUUAUUAAAACUUAGAUGGGGAAUACUUAGGAGUCCAUCAUUCUAUCCUGUGAGGGUGCACAAUAGAAUCAUUAUUGCAUGUUAUUUGCUCCAUAAUUUUAUUCGAACUUAUAUGAGUCUUGAUCCUAUUGAAGCGGAGUUGGGAGAAGGAUUACCUAAUAAUGUGAUAGAUGACGAUGAACUGAAUAUCGUAAAUAUUCAUCCAUCGGAUGCAUGGGCUACUUGGAGGAUGGAACUAGCCAACCAAAUGUUCGAUGAAUGGCAAGCAUCUAGAAAUUAAUUAGGUUUAGGGUAAAAAUAGUAAACGUUAAUUUGUUUAUGUUAUUUCAUGUAUCUAGUUUAUAAAACUUUGUUGGUGUUUGAAUUGUUUUUUGUAUUGUACUAGACUUGUUAAAUUAUAAUUUAUUUUCUUUUGAUUCAUCAUGUGUUAUAAUUUUAUAAAGUGUUGACCUUUUGAUUCAUAAUAUUGAGCUUAAUUUUAAAUUAUUUUUUUUAAUAUAGUUAUGUCAGGUUUUUCACAAUCAAGUGUUUCUUCUCAAAAUUCUAGAGGAACCAAAAGGAAAUGGGUUCCAGAAGAAGAUGUUGCGUUAGUUUCCUGUAUGGUCGACUUGCACAAUGUUGGAACCUUUAAUGCUGAUACGAGAUUCAAAGCCGGUUAUUUAAAUGAGUUGGAAAAAAUGUUAGAAAAAGUUUUACCCUAUGCUAUGUUGAAGGCUAAACCUAAUCUUGAAUCGAGAAUUAGGACAUUGAAAAGAGAUUGGUCAAUUGUUUAUGACAUGCUUAAUGGAAAAAACAAUAGCGGUUUUGGUUGGGAUGAGCAUAGGCACCUUGUUGUUGCUGAAGAUGCGGUGUGGAACUCAUAUAUAAAUGGUUAUAAAGAAGCCGGUUAAUUCAAACAUCGCAGUUUCCUUUAUUAUGACCAACUUAUUGCCAUCUACGCAAAAGAUCGAGCCACUGGGAAAGAUGCUCAAACAACCGCUGAUAUUAUUGAAGAAAUAGAUGUUGAGGAUGUAGCUAUUACAAAGAUUCAUGAAGAAAGAAACGAUUUCUAUGGAUGCAAAGCUGAUGUUUCUUUGGAUGACAUGGAUGUUUUAGCUGCACAAUCGCAACCAGCUAGAAACCAAGGUGAUUCCACAUUUUCAAAGAAGAAAAAAAAAGAUUUUUGAUGCAAGUGAUCAUAUUUUUUCUACUUCAUUUCAUGAUGCUGUCACUUUAUUGGUGGAAAACAUAUGGACCGUUGGCGUUGAAAUCAGUAGGAGUAUUGCCUCCGAAGUGCUAAUUCAACAAAAGUAAAAAAUGACCAUUCAAGAAAGAGCUCUAAAUUUAUAUCCAACAUUAUGUGAAGUGGAAGGUUUAACUGAGGAUGAGUGUUAUCGCGCAUUGAGCAAAAUUCUAGAUCAUCCAACGCAAAUGCUCAUUUUCUUUAGUUUACCUUCUUCUGUGCGUUUGGAAUGGGUCAGAAGAUUUCUUGCUGACAAUUAAAAUCAUGGUUGUGUUGAUGAUAUUUUGGUAACUUUUUGUGUUUAUAAUAUUUUGAUGGUAUAAUGACAUGAUAGAAUGUCAUUACAAUGUUGUAACUUUUUGAUGUUGUAAAAUUUUAUAACAUAUGGAU